GUGCCUCCUGGUAAGAGCCAUUUUUGAAGCCAGAAGACAAUGAGAGUUGGGAUGGCAUUACCAAAGGCAGUAGGAUACAUCAUUUUUCUUCUGGCUAUAUUCUACAGUCUGGAGAAUCAGGGAUACAGACAGUCUCUGAAUGUGUUUUUAGAGGACUUGAUGGGUACAAAAGCAUCACACAUUCAUGCCAGAGAAAAAAGAGAGGCUGCCUUAAAUUCCUCUGACUAUGUAGUCGAAGCUGUAAUAAACAUCUCUGAUGUGGACCUUCUCAGGACUAUUUUGAGCACACUCUCUUUUCCUAUACGGAUCAACAACACUGUUCACAUUACCAGCAUUGAAGCCACAACAGAGCUGCUGGACAUUGAUUUAGUCCUUGACUUGAACAUCCCAGUCUCCAGCAAUCCAUCAAAUUUCACUGACCUACUGAGGGACAUUCUGAGAUCUAUCCAAUUCCCCCUUGCCAUCUCUGAGACUUUAAAUGUAACAGGUGUAAAUUUCACCACAGGAUGCUACCCAAACUCAGCUGGAGGUCUGCAGUGUCAGUGUGAGGAGAACUUUGCUUGGUCAUGUGACAAGUGUGUCAUAUACGGUGCGUGCAGUGACGCCACCACACAAACCUGUGACUGCAUAAAUGGACUUCCUACUGAUGGAGAGUUCUGUGAACCAAUCACAAGUAUCACUCGAUGUCCACCCCCGACUCUUGAGCUGCUGGACAUUGAUUUAGUCCUUGACUUGAACAUCCCAAUCUCCAGCGAUCCAUCAAAUUUCACUGACGUACUGAGGGACUUUCUGAGAUCUAUCCAAUUCCCCCUUGCCAUCUCUGAGACUUUAAAUGUAACAGGUGUAAAUUUCACCACAGGAUGCUACCCAAACUCAGCUGGAGGUCUGCAGUGUCAGUGUGAGGAGAACUUUGCUUGGUCAUGUGACAAGUGUGUCAUAUACGGUGCGUGCAGUGACGCCACCACACAAACCUGUGACUGCAUAAAUGGACUUCCUAUUGAUGGACAGAUCUGUGAACCAAUCACAAGUAUCACUCGAUGUCCACCCCCAACUCUUGAGCUGCUGGACAUUGAUUUAGUCCUUGACUUGAACAUCCCAAUCUCCAGCGAUCCAUCAAAUUUCACUGACGUAGUGAGGGACUUUCUGAGAUCUAUCCAAUUCCCCCUUGCCAUCUCUGAGACUUUAAAUGUAACAGGUGUAAAUUUCACCACAGGAUGCUACCCAAACUCAGCUGGAGGUCUGCAGUGUCAGUGUGAGGAGAACUUUGCUUGGUCAUGUGACAAGUGUGUCAUAUACGGUGCGUGCAGUAACGCCACCACACAAACCUGUGACUGCAUAAAUGGACUUCCUAUUGAUGGACAGAUCUGUGAACCAAUCACAAAUAUCCCUCCAUGUCCAACCCCAACUCUUGAGCUGCUGGACAUUGAUUUAGUCCUUGACUUGAACAUCCCAAUCUCCAGCGAUCCAUCAAAUUUCACUGACCUAUUUAGACACUUUCUGAGAUCUAUCCAAUUCCCCUUUGUCAUCACUGAGACUUUAAAUGUAACAGGCUUAAAUUUCACCACAGGAUGCUACCCAAACUCAACUGGAGGUCUGCGGUGUCAGUGUGAGGAGAACUUUGCUUGGUCAUGUGACAAGUGUGUCAAAUACGGUGCGUGCAGUGACGCCACCACACAAACCUGUGACUGCAUAAAUGGACUUCCUACUGAUGGAGAGUUCUGUGAACCAAUCACAAAUAUCACUCGAUGUCCAACACCACCUCCUGUGACAACGACAACAACGGAGAUGACAACAACAACGGAGAUGACAACAACAACGGAGAUGACAACAACGGAGAUGACAACAACGUCGCCGUCGACAACACCAGUGAUGACAACAACAACAGUGGCACCAACAAUAAUCGAGAGGAACUUCUCGAAUACCCUGGACAUAGACUUUAAUGUAGCGUACAAUGAGCCAAGCAAUGGAGUUCAUCAAAACAUCAGUGCUGCUAUUGAAAGACAAAGUCAGAAGUUCUUCUCAAGCCUAAUAUCAUCACAGUUAGUAAGUUUCAGGAGUGGAAGCACCAUCGCUGAUUACACUAUCAGAGCAACUUCUUUUCGAGAAAAUGAAAUUGCUAACUUUAAUACAGGGAUAUUUACAGACCUGGCAGGAACAUACCCUAUGAUAUUUGACAAUCCGACAACCUUUAAUUUUGUUCAACCUUUUUCUGGGGAAAGUGUGACCCUGACGUGUGGUCCUCCUCCAUCGAUUCUUGGCUUUAGUGACAGCUGGACUGCAGAGUGGACACGUGACGGCGAGUUGAUACGUCCAGAUAGUGAACACACCUUUACAAGAGACGCGGAAACGUCAACUUUAACUGUGUCGAAAUUCUUUUUCACUAACAACGGACUUUAUGAAUGUAGUCUGAGAGACAGAAACGUUUUCAGACAGCAAUCGAAUGGAUCAAUCUCUUCCAAAGUGAUACCCUCGAUCCAAGUAAGACCGGUAAGAAACAAGGUCAAGUGUGAGGUUGGAAAGGAAGUGCAACUGGAGUGCUCAGUCAACAGCCCCUACACUGUUGAGUUUCCAGACAUAGCUUCUGCAGUACCAGGUAAAGUGAUCAACCACGUGUUUCGACUUCCUGAAGACUGUGCAAACAGGGAAGAGAAGUUUACUUGUCAAGUGGUAGAACUCAAGGAAUUCAAAAAAGAAAUAAUACUGGAGCUAUCCACUGAUGAAUUUAGAUGUAUAGAUGAUGAUGGCUUUGGCGCUGGAAAUGUUGGUGACAAGGGUGUAGCUUCCUGCGAACCAGACGAGGUGGGAGAAAAGACAGCAGUUUGUAAGGAAAAUGGCAACUGGGAAGACGUAGUAGACAAUUGUGUCCUACAAGUGAUUCAGGAGCUGUUUGACCAGUCUCAGUUCUUGAAUAACAAUUCACUGCCAGCCUUCUUGGACCAACUCAGCAAUAUCACCACUAACUUCAGUCAGCAAGUGGUUGAAUCUCCUGCCAACAUUAACGCCAUUGUUAUAAUACUCAGCAAUGUAGCAAAUGCGACAUCAUCUUUAAAUAUCGUAAUAUCUGAAACUGUAAUGGAGGAUCUCCUAGUAACUGCAGGUAUCCUCACCACAGACGGGGCAAGGGAUUCAUGGAACACUCUGAACAACAGAUUCUCUGGAAACAGCUCAGUAACAAGAAGCAUCCCUGAAGCUCAAAGUGCCAGCUCAUCAUUUUUGCUGUCUGUUGAGAAUAUAACACGUAACCUCAACAAUGAGUCUUUUGACAUUGUGACAGAUUUCAUUCUCUUGAACAAAACUAGAUUCACAGACAGUUUCAGUGGGGACUUUAAUUCUUCAGUGGAGAUAGAAAUACCAGAGGCUGACAGAGGGAAUAAGUCAAUCACCGUGAUAACUUUUUCCUCAAUGGAUAACGUACUCCCGGCCAGAGACGAAGUCAAUUCAACCUCCAACGUCAUCAAUGGGAGAGUCGUGCUUGUUCAGUCCAGCGGCAGCGUCAAUAAUAUUUCCUUUACAUUUGACAUUAUAAACGUCACGCUGGGGAACCCGCAGUGUGUUUUCUGGAACUUCAGCCUCUUCGAUGGUCUCGGAGGAUGGGACGGCGAGGGCUGCGAGUUGGUAGUCGACGGAAACGAAACCAUCACAUGCAACUGCAACCAUCUGACCUCGUUCUCUAUCCUUAUGUCACCCUUCAGUCCAGAUGACCCUGUGUUGGAUUUUAUAACCUACAUUGGAGUCGGCAUAUCCAUGGCUUCCUUGGUUAUAUGCCUCAUCAUUGAGGCUGUCAUAUGGAGAAAAAUACGAAAGAACAACACAUCGUACUUGCGUCAUGUUUCCAUUGUUAACAUUGCUGUCUCUCUCCUGAUUGCAAACAUUUGGUUUAUUAUUGGGGCAGCCAUCUCAGAUCCAAAAGAGGAAAACCCACCAGCAUGCUCUGCGGCCACCUUUUUCAUCCAUUUUUUCUACCUAUCCCUGUUUUUCUGGAUGUUUGCCUCAGCCCUGCUGUUGCUCUAUCGCACAAUCAGUGUCUUCGAUGGGGGUUUGUCUAAAAGGUCUUUGUUGGCUAUAGGAUUCACCCUAGGCUAUGGGGCACCGCUCAUCAUCGCAGUCAUAACCAUAGCUGUAACUGCACCCAGCAAAGAGUACAUUCGACAAAAUGGGGUCUGCUGGCUCAACUGGUACGAGUCCAUGGCUCUGCUGGCAUUUGUUAUCCCUGCACUGACGAUAGUGGUGAUAAACCUGUUCAUCCUGAUUGUGGUGAUAUAUAAAAUGUUGAGGAGAAGGGCAGUGAGGGAUGCUGCACAAGCUGCUGAGAGGCAUAUCCUAGUGGUUAUUGCAAGGAGUUUGGCUGUCCUAACACCAUUUUUUGGAUUAACUUGGGCUCUGGGAGUUGGAACUAUGACAAACCCAGAAAAUAGAGGAAUCCAUAUUUCAUUUGCCUUCUUCAAUUCACUGCAGGGUUUCUUCAUAUUGGUGUUUGGAACAUUGUUGGACAAAAAGGUGCGGUCAGAAAUAGCAAUCAAGUCGCAAACAUCCAGCGGUGGCACAAGGAGCACCAGCGCUGGAAUAUCAUCAACAAGUGGAUUGGGCCUUUUACGGAACUGGAGAAGAGGAAGAGAUGGUUACAAUAUGUCAUCUAAUGACUCCGGCGUAUCUCAAUCCUUCAACACCUGAUGAUCUUUGCAGACGGUCGGUCAGUCGGUAUUACAACCAGCCAAGCAAACCAUACCAGCAGAUUGUGAUUGAUUUUGACAAUUGUUAUUUAAUAUCUGAUGUCUUGUAAAAGUGAAUAUAAUUUGAAAGUUUACAAACUGUUAAUUGUGUCUGUAAAAGAUUGUGUGUGUGUGUGUGUGUGUGUGUGUGUGUGUGUGUGUGUGUGUGUGUGUGUGUGUGUGUGUGUGUGAGUGUGUGUUCCAGGUACUCCUCAUGUUGUGGGGACCUUAAUCAGUUUACACACUCGCCUUAUGGGAACUUAUCUUCCUUAUGAGGACAAUAAUGUAAAUAAUUCAAUUUGAGGUGAGGACGUGUUUUAUGGUUAGGAUAAGGUUAUGGUUAAGCCAUGGAGUGUGUGUGUGUGUGUGUGUGUGUGUGUGUGUGUGCGUGUGUGUGUGUGUGUGUGCAAGUAUUCAACUACAAAGUAGAUGCAAAACAGCUGUUGUUUUGGUUUGCCAAUCAAAUCAGUUACACAAGGCGAGGCUGUCUUGCACAGAUCAGUGAACUUGUUUAUUCAAGGGGUGACAUCACAAUGACAAAUUGUCUUGGACAGGACCAUCAGUCAAAUAUAAUUCCAAACAAGGUAAAGUGAGCACCAGGAAGUACUCAGAGAAAACAUAAGCUCUUUUUAGUAUACUAUAUAUAAUAUAGCAGGAAGAAAUCUCUCACAAUCAGUAUAUUGCUAUCUUUGUGAGGACCUGUGUGUGUGUGUGUGUGUGGGUGUGCGCGCGUGUGUGUGCGCGUGCGUGCGUGCAAGUCACGACUACACUGCUUUCACAGCUGUGCACAAAAUUGUUGACAGGCUGCUCAUUUUAUUAAAGUUCCAUCACACUGUCAACAUGCCUUCAUUUGUGUUUCACAAAAGAGUUGAAUUCUCAAAACUGAAAUGUAAGACGUAAUAAGAAGUAAGGCCAGUGUUUGGUGUUUAAGGUGCUGCAUCUUUUUUUUAGAUGAAAGUUAUUUAGUUUGUUUUUAUAUCUUGCAUGUGAAUGUAUGUAAAAUAAGUCUUCCACAGAGCCUCAGGCUGACACCCGCACUUAUGUCGCAGUCACUCCUUACAAGCUAACACACACUAGUAAAUGUCAAACAGACCUGAAGUUAUUGCACAAAAAAUUUAACAUCUUCAUUUUGUUCUCCUUUUUUUGUAUAAUACUUGUUGCACUUAUAUUAUGAUAUUUAUCUAUUUGUCAAAGAUAAGGAAGGUUAAAACCAAUUAUUAUUUGCUUUUAAUUUCCAGUUCAUAUUCUAAUCCAUCAAAUUCUGGAAGGCAGUGAAUUCUCUUAACCAGAAGUCUUUUAAAGCUUGCUGAACCAAUUGUAGUAAACUACAAAACAUAUAUUUUUGACCUUUCAAUUUGGUCUGGCACAGUUCCCACGGUUUGGUAGACUGCCUAUGUAACUCCAUUACAUAUCCUUGGACCUGUUCUUUUUAUUCUAUAUAUAAAUGAUGUUGUUUCUUCUGCAACUGGUUGUAAUAUCCAUCUUUAUCAUCUUUAUGCAUUGUGGAUACUGUACAGUCUAGAGAAGUUGCUCUCAAUGACUAUAAAUUAGUUUUAAAUGCAGACAAAUCUCAAUUUAUACUUUUCUCCACAGCCUCAUCAUCACCACUAAAAGUGGCACCAAUGUUUGUUUUAAUUUCAUAUCCUUUUUUACUUGUAUUUUUUUAUCUGUUCCACAUCAUUGUAAAUGAGGGUUUUACCCUCAGUGAUC